AUGCACCUGCAGCGCCCCGUGCCUGCAGAGCCACGCCGACGGAGAGAGUUCACUCGCUCGGGGCCCCGUGGGUCUUUGUGGGCCCCGGGCGCUGCUACCCCUGAAAACGAGCAGAUCCGCAAAGGUCCGUCUGCGUUAAAAAAAAGCCCCCGAAACCCAACGACGACCGGAGCCCAGAGCUCUCCCCGGAACGCCCACCGUGACAACAAACCAGGGCACGCGUGCCGGGCCCGCGUCAGUAAACGGAGCGACCCCAGUUACGGGGUCGGAAAAGGCGAAAUGAGGAAGGUUCCCGUGCCGGCCAACAGGUACACUCCGCUGAAAGAGAACUGGAUGAAAAUAUUCACGCCGAUCGUGGAGCACUUGCAACUUCAAAUCAGGUUUAAUUUGAAAACGAGAAACGUGGAGAUCAAGACUUGUCAAGAGACAAAGGAUCUCGGUGCUCUAACAAAGGCCGCUGAUUUUGUGAAAGCGUUUAUACUUGGGUUCCAAGUAGAGGAUGCUCUUGCUCUCAUCAGAUUAGAUGAUCUUUUUCUAGAAUCAUUUGAAGUUACAGAUGUCAAACCUUUGAAAGGAGAUCAUCUGUCAAGAGCAAUAGGGAGAAUAGCAGGGAAAGGCGGAAAAACAAAAUUCACUAUAGAAAACGUAACCAGGACACGGAUAGUUCUUGCGGACGCGAAAAUUCAUAUCCUGGGAUCUUUUCAGAACAUUAAAAUGGCACGAACAGCAAUUUGCAAUCUAAUUUUAGGAAGUCCUCCAUCAAAAGUGUAUGGCAAUAUUCGGGCAGUGGCCAGCAGAGCAGCUGAAAGAUUCUGAGCUGCAGCAUGGCUGUGCCACCAAGGACCGGGGCUGGGAGUCAGGGUUUCCGUAUGCACGAGAGGCCUGGAGCUACAGAAGUACUCGGUCUUCCGCUUGAUUUGGAAGCCCAGAAGAAAACCAGGACUGUUUGUGCAGUCUAAUUUCAUUCAGACACACUGUCUGAUUUGAACACACUUAAUAUUUCUGUAUAGUCAUUAAAAGUUAUUUUAAAUUGGUUGUGUC